AGUGGUCGAGCUGGAGCUCGUGCUCCGCUUCCUGCUCCAACGGGACCCAGCAGCGGACGCGGGAGUGCAACGGGCCCUCCUACGGCGGAGCCGAGUGCCAGGGACACUGGGUGGAGACCCGGGACUGCUUCCUGCGCCAGUGCCCAGUGGAUGGGAAGUGGCAGGCCUGGGGAGUGUGGGGCAGCUGCACCGCCACGUGUGGAGGUGGCACUCAGAGACGUGACCGGGUAUGCUACGGCCCCUUCUUUGGUGGAGAGACUUGCCAGGGUCCCAAGGAGGAGUACAAGCAGUGCAAUGACAGAAAGUGUCCUGAACCCCACGAAAUCUGUGACGAGGAGAGUCUUGGCCCUGUGGUUUGGAAGGAGACGCCAGCUGGGGAUGCUGCCGCCGUCCGGUGUCCCCGCAAUGCCACUGGGCUGAUCCUUCGAAGAUGCAUCUUAGAUGAAGAAGGCAUCGCUUACUGGGAGCCUCCAACGUACAUCAAGUGUGUUUCUAUUGAUUACAGGAACAUACAGAUGAUGACCAGGGAACACCUUGCCAAAGCUCAGCGUGGGUUGAUGGGAGACGGGCUGUCAGACGUGCUCCAGAACCUUGUGGAAAUCUCCCAGGAUGGGACCAGCUACAGUGGGGACCUGCUGUCCACCAUGGACGUACUCAGGAACGUGACAGAGAUCUUCCGCAGGGCUUAUCACAGCCCGACUUCUGGGGAUGUGCAGAACUUUGUCCAGAUCAUCAGCAACAUUUUGUCAGAGGAAAACCGGGAAAAAUGGGAGGAAGCUCAGCUGAUAGGGCCAAAUGCCAAGGAGCUGUUCAGGCUCGUGGAGGAUUUCAUUGAUGUCAUCGGCUUCCGCAUGAAAGAUUUCCGGGAUUCCUACCAAGUCACGGAUAACCUGGUCCUCGGUAUUCACAAACUGCCUGCAAACGCAGCAACCGACAUCACCUUCCCCAUGAAAGGCUGGAGGGGAAUGGUGGACUGGGCCAAGAACUCAGAGGACAAGGUCACUGUCUCCAAGAGCAUCCUGUCUUCAGGGCUCUCAGUGUCGGACGACUCCUCUGUCUUCGUGGUUGGGACCGUGCUGUACCGCAACGUGGGCAACAUCCUCUCCCUGCAGAGGAACAGCACCGUUCUGAACUCCAAAGUCAUCUCUGUGACUGUGAAGCCAUUCCCUCGCUCUCUCCUCACCCCUCUGGAAAUCGAAUUCUCCCACCUGUACAAUGGAACCACCAACCAGACCUGCAUCCUGUGGGAUGAAAAUGAUGGCAGAGCCUCCGCCUCCGCCUCUCCGCCCGGCGCCUGGUCCUGGCGCGGCUGCCGAACGGUCCCGCUCGACGCCUCCCGGACCAAGUGCCUGUGUGACCGGCUCUCCGCCUUCGCCAUCUUAGCCCAGCUCAGCCCCGACAUGAACAUGGAAAAGGUGCUGGUCCCUUCUGUCACAUUAAUUGUAGGCUGUGGAGUAUCCUCGCUGACACUUUUGCUGUUGAUUAUCAUUUAUGUCUCUGUUUGGAGAACUCAGGUUUUUCCGUGCCUGGGGUAUCAUUGGAUGUGCUCAAGUCCUUGUCCUCUCCUGCUUUUCCUCAGGCUGGGCGGCACUGAGCAGCGCCGGUACAUCCGCUCGGAGCGCUCCGUCAUCCUCAUCAACUUCUGCCUCUCCAUCAUUUCCUCCAACGCUCUCAUCCUCAUCGGACAGACCCAGACCCGGAAUAAGGUGAUCUGCACGCUGGUGGCGGCUUUCUUGCACUUCUUCUUCCUCUCCUCUUUCUGCUGGGUGCUGACCGAGGCCUGGCAGUCCUACAUGGCCGUGACGGGCCGGUUACGGAACCGCAUCAUCCGCAAGCGCUUCUUGUGUCUCGGAUGGGGACUCCCUGCCUUGGUGGUUGCCAUUUCUGUGGGAUUUACUAAAGCCAAGGGAUACGGCACCGUGAACUACUGCUGGCUGUCAUUAGAGGGAGGACUCCUCUAUGCCUUCGUGGGACCGGCGGCUGCUGUCGUUUUGGUGAACAUGGUUAUUGGCAUUCUGGUUUUUAACAAACUUGUAUCCAAAGAUGGAAUAACAGAUAAGAAACUGAAGGAACGGGCAGGGGCAUCCCUCUGGAGCUCCUGCGUGGUGCUGCCCCUGCUGGCUCUCACCUGGAUGUCUGCAGUCCUGGCCAUCACCGACCGGCGCUCGGCGCUUUUCCAGAUCCUUUUCGCUGUCUUCGACUCCUUGGAGGGAUUUGUCAUCGUCAUGGUCCACUGCAUCCUCAGGCGGGAGGUCCAGGAUGCUGUGAAGUGCCGGGUUGUGGAUCGUCAGGAGGAAGGGAAUGGAGACUCAGGGGGGUCAUUUCAGAACGGACACGCUCAGCUAAUGACCGAUUUUGAGAAGGACGUGGACAUGGCUUGUAGAUCAGGUGAGCACAUCACAGUGCUGAACAAAGACAUCACCACGUGCAGAACCUCGACCAUCACGGGGACCCUGAAGCGCCCGUCGCUGCCCGACGAGGAGAAACUGAAACUCAACCACCAGAAAGGCUCAUCCAACUUCAACAGUCUUCCAGCCAACGUCUCCAAGAUGCACCUUCAGGGCUCCCCACACUACCUGGGGGCCAUCAACCUGAACGAGUUCAGCAACCACUCCCUCACCCUGAAGAAGGACAAGAACCAGCCGCCGAAAUCCAUCUACAUCUGCGACGGGGACAUCUUCAAGAAGUUGGACUCGGAGCUCUCGCGGGCGCAAGAGCAGACCCUGGACACCAGCUACGUGAUCCUGCCCACCAACACGUCCACCUUGAGGGCCAAACCCAAAGAUGAGAGCAAAUACAGCAUCAACAUCGACCAGAUGCCUCAGACGCGGCUCAUCCACCUCAGCAUGGCCACCGACCCCGGCUUCGUGGUCAAGAGUCCCCCGCGGGAGCCGGUGACCGUGGCGUGCAGUGAGGUGCAGGGUUCCUCCAUGAUCCAGCAGCAGCAGCAGCUGGCUCCACAGAACAUCUCCAACGAGUCACAGAUUCCCAACAGCCUGUGUGACGCGGGUGACUCAGGGAACUCGGGUGUGGUGUCCAAGAGCGAGACCGUCUCCACCCUCUCCAUGAGCUCCUUGGAGAGGCGGAAAUCCCGGUAUGCAGAGUUAGAUUUUGAGAAAAUCAUGCACACGAGGAAACGUCACCAAGACAUGUUCCAGGACCUGAACAGAAAACUCCAGCACGCAGAGAAGGAGAAGGAGUCUCCAACAACGGACAGCAAGCAAGAAAAACAGCAGACACCAAACAAGAGACCCUGGGAAGGCAUCAGGAAAGUCCAGUCCCCGCCAUCAUGGGUUAAAAAGGACAUCGAACCUGUGGCACAGUCUCCCCUAGAACUAAAAACUGUAGAGUGGGAGAAAACAGGGGCCACCAUCCCUUUGGUGGGACAAGACAUUAUUGACCUUCAGACAGAGGUCUGAGCAGAAAGGGAAGAAAAAGGACUUUUUUUUUUUCCGGAAAACAAACGAAACAAACAAAACAAAACCACGUUUUAAAGAAAUGAUUAAAUUAAAUCGGAACCGAGUGAGAGAAGUGUUUGGUUUCUUUUGAAACCUUUGGUAAGAUGGAGUAACUUUUGUAUUGUUCUCAGCAGAGAGGGGGAAUAUUACUUUAUAGAGUAUAGUAGCUGUAGGUUCAGGACAACACGAGCUUUCCCAGGCAGGACUGGAGGAGUGAGCCUGGAAGAGAGCGAGGAAGAGGAGGAGGAGGAGGAGGGUGGGGCGGGGCUGCAGGGGACAAGCCCUGCCAAGAUGCUCUCGGGUCGCUGCCGCACACCAGGAGCCCUCCUGCUCUGCCAUGGGGAGGUGUGGAAGGAUGCCCAGCAGCCACCACAGAGGGCCCAGAAGAUCAGGAUUGUCUGGGGACACCGAGAGGGGACACCUGCAGGAGCCUCGCUGGGAUGUGGCCUGGCUGGGGCAGACCCAGCCUGGAGGGACAUCCCUCGCUCCCCCGCCUCUCCCUCGCCAGCUCAUCCAAGAAGGAAGGAGAUGGGACGCGCCAAGAAGUGGCCACAAGGACAUUGCCACUCCGGGGUGCCACGCCACGACCUGGCAUUGGCGCACGGUCACAGCGGGUCCCCGCGGAGGGGGACGUGGUGGCGUCACCCGCGGCUCGGGGGGAAAGGAGAGGUGGGGCUUCCUCCUCUCAUCCCUCCCCGGCGGAGGAAAGGACCAGCUCCAAAUCUCCAAAUCCUGCUCGCCCCAUCUCCAGGGAGAGGGUGGAAGGUGGUAGACAACAAGACCAACAAGAAGAAUGUAGGUCAUGUCAUUGACUGUUAAAUAGAUAAACUCAGCACGGGCCUUGCAAAGGUCCUCUUGGCCUCAUCCUUUUUUUUUUUGUGUGUGUUUGUUUUUUGGUUUUGUUUUUUUGUUUUGGUUUUUUUUUUUUUUUUUUUUUGGUUCUGUUAUUUGUCCUUGCUUUCGGACUCAAAUCUAUUCCAAGCUGCCCCUCCCUGGAAGGCAGAGAGAGAAAAAGGGAAAGACAGAUCUGCCGCUGUACCUGGAGAUAUUGGUAAACAGAGACAUUGCCUUAGGACAUUGAGACAAACUGACAACAUGAAUAACGUCCACUUGGAAACAAACAGACAAAAAAAAAACAAACAAAAUAAUCUAUUUUUUUCCUUCUUCUUUUCUUUUCUUCAAUAAAAAGAGAACUUGAAACCCGA